AUGAGCAACAGCAAGAGUCAAUCAAGGGACUCGACCCAAGUUGCUCCAGACACAACAGCAGUCGCUCAAGGAAGCUUGGCCCGACCGCCACACAAAUUUUGUCAGUUUCUGAAGAAGGCUAAGGAUGGUGUAACAAAGAAAAUUUUUGCUGAGAUUAUACACAAGCGCUCGAAGAAUUUGCGCAGCAGCGAGCCUAUUCUCCCAAACGUUGAUCACACAGGCGCUUUGUCAACUCCGAAUAUCAAGCACGAGAAUGCUUCAUCUGAUGUGAAACAAGGCGGUGAUCCCCAAUCGGCACUUCGAGACGCCAAAAAGACUGUCAAAGGCAUGAAUCUCGUGUCAGGGCCUGUAGAGUCUGGAGCAUCCGCCACCCAAAAUGCACCAGGGGAUCUCGAGGACGCAUAUAGUUUCCAGGAUGCAUAUCUUCAACCCCUUAGGAUAUUUGACAAUAUUAUAGGGAAGCUCGCAGAUGUACAUCCAUAUGCAAAGAUUGCACUGGGCGUCUUAUCUUGUGCUUCAAAAAUGGUCAUCGCCCAAUUGGACCGCGAUCAAGCAGUCCAUCAUCUUGUCGACAAGUUGGAUCAAGUUUACGACUUCAUGAUCCAGGACGAGACGCUUGGCCAGAUUUCAUCGAUGCGCGAUAUCCUUGGACAGAUCUCUCAGCAGACCCUUGAAUGCGCUCGCUUCAUUAGAGAUUAUGCAGAGACCAAGAGCUUCUUCUCCUACAAUUAUAACAGGGAAGAGACUCGGGAAAGACAUUCUCACCGAAACAAACAAUGA